AUGCCCACCGUUAGUUCCAGUGCUGCCCUUGGAAUAGGAAUAUCAAUCCGAGGUGCUCAGAUUGUGGUAUCACUUGUAAUACUAAUUAUGGGUGCACUAAAUUUAUCCAAGGUGGCACCAUACGCUAGCAUCGUUGAUAUUACUGUUUACACUGCCUUGGGUCUUGUGUGUGGUAUCCUAGGAUUGAUCUUCUAUAUACCACUUAUUACACCAGCAGCAUACGUCUUACCUCCAGUAGUGGUUUUAGUUUUCGAUAUUGUGAUGUUCAUUUUUUGGAUAACUGCUGUCGCUUUGGCUGGAUAUUACUACGGGUCUGAGGAUUGUUCUGGAGGUUAUACUUACACUGACGACGAUGGUGACAUUUAUAAUGGUUACAACCCCGACUGGCAGAUUGCUUGUGAGACAGGAAAAGGAAUUAUUGGAAUUGGGGUGGUGGGAUUCCUACUCUCCAUAGUUCUGAUAGUCUUGGUGAGUAUCUAUUCGGUUGCUCCUGCUGCCAAAUCAAAUGUUGUCGGGUCACGUAACUGGUUUGCAAUGGGUGGAAUUUAUCCCAAGUACUCUAAUGCAAUGACUGAUUCGAAGGAUGCAGAAGCAGGAUAUGUUGCCUACAAUCCCCAUGAGUAUGGUACACAUGAUGGCACGAACAGAGUUCCACAAGCUCAGAAGGUGCAGCACUAUCAGCUGCAACAAGACGUACCUUCGAUGUAUCGGCAACAGACGGAACCGCAAACUUAUAAUCAACCACAAGACGAGAACACUCAUAACUUUCAGUCACCUCAUUCAACUGGACUCUCUAUGGGACAGAUGAAUAACAUCAAUCCAAGCUCUCCAAACAAUGCUCACCACACUGGCUAG